CAUUUUCAUUUCAUUAUUAUUUAAUUCUAAGUAUGUUUUAUUUUUGUAAAAUCUUAAGCUAACAAGAUUACCACCAGCUAAAUCUAUGACGUUAAAAAGGCCUAUGCUUUUAGCCAUAUUCUUUAACCAAAGCCAAAUUACCCUCUCAUACCCCCUCAAUUCGAGCCCUGGUUUUAACUUAAUACACCACGAUCUUUGCUGACACUGAGAUAUUUAAGGAGUGCAUGGUGACUGAAGGAAUUGGCUGACAAAAUCCAAAUAUAUGCAUAGUAGACUAUAGUUUUGUCUGUCAAACAGGUAGGCCUACCUCUUAUUCUUUGAAUAGGAAGAAAUAGGCUCCAACACAAAGCUCUCUUGCAAAAUUAAAAUGAAGACUGUUUAAAUUAAUUAGGACUUCUCGAAGACUUUGACUCAACUCCUGAAGUGCCACCAUACACAGCACAGUCAUUGGUUAGGCAGAACAAAAGGGUUUACAUCCAGCUAGGUCACUGGUGAUAGAAGUCAGUAUUCGACAUUCAUCCAUGUCUGAGGAUGUCAGAAGAUGACAUGGAAACCAGACACUAGGGGCAACAUUAAGCUGUGCUACCUUCAAGUAGGUGCCUCUGGCUGCCUCUGCCUCUGGUUGCAUGUUCUAAUCCAGCGAUAAAAAGUUGUUUUUGAUAUUUUUGUUUUAAGCCUAUUCCAAACCUUAACCCUUACUUUAACCAUUCAGGGGUUAAUGCCUAACUUUAAGAUUUUUGAAUAAAUCUUAUUUUAUUUUAACCCUAACCUUAAAAAUGUGGAGUUAGUGCCUAUACGUAAUCACUUUGAAAUGUAACGUUUGGAACAUCUUCAAAAUGUGAAGUUUGACAAGCAUGGAUUAACGUCUAAUGGCUGCUGUGAAACUGAGAGAGCUUGUUGUUCCAUCAGUAAGAGCAGGGCAGGCUGGGGCUCAUGAUAGGAAAGGCGUGUCCAUUGUCAUGUGUUUGCAGUUUAGUUUGUCCUGUGCUUCUCCGAGCACGCUUUUCUUAUGGCCUAUGGUAUAGGCUAUGGAUCAUUUUAUUGAGACCACACUAGGCGCACUUGAUAUUCCACGCCCAGCAAAGAAUCCGCGAUGAGGCGCAUCAUCGGGCACACAUCGAAAUACUAUAAUAAGCAACUAAUUCUCAAACCCUGAGCAAUACCACAUUUAUUUUAUUACAAAUCACAUGACCCUCCCCUGGACUAAAUUAAAUAAAUACUAAACCCUCCCCCUGACUGAAAUUGAAUAAACAUGACCCUCCCCCAUUUUCUUCCAGGUAACAAUUGUAUACAUUUCCACUGCUCCCUAAUGUAAAUCUCUCUGUCUCUCUCUCCAGUCUCCAAAUAUUGAUGGUUUAACACGGUAGCCUACAUCUAAAACACAAUCAGUGUAUAUUUGUAACCGGUUGGGUACACCAUUCGCCGACCAGGAGACACGCGCAAAGCCACGGGUAGAUGGCUAGAUGCUCACGAACAUCAUCAGUGGUCGUGUGUGUGAGGCAGAGAGAGUGAGAGACAGACAGACAUAAAGUGAUAGACAUCAAGAGACAAUUUGGAAUCAAUAAAAACAGAAGAAACAUUGAGAUUCUUCAACAAAGACUUUGGCAAACUACGUUCAUGUUUUGCAUUCUUAGAGCGCGACUCGACCAAGAACCCUUCGUGGACUGCAAUUGAACAGUGUGAAGGCACAGAUUAUACAAAUUGGAACAAUAAUAACGCUUUGAGAGAAGAAGCUGAUCAUUGUCGUUGAUUGGAUUGUGGUCAAUCAAUUUGUAUCUUAAAGUCAAGAUAAUAGAAACAGUUACCAUGGAAACUAUUCUGUUCUUCCUCUUUUCACUCCUGGUGUACGUGGCUGUAGCAGACCCAAGUGCCGAGGAUGGUAAAAAGGAGAAGAAAGAGGUGGACCCAUUUGUGUAUGACUAUCAUAGUCUGCGGAUCUGUGGACUGGUCUUUGGCGUGGUACUCUUCGCGCUGGGCAUCCUCCUCAUCCUUAGUAAGUCUUCAUACUUCAGCCGAAAAUGUCGCUGCAGUUCCAAUCAGGAGAAGAAGCCCAAGGCCCCUGGAGACGAAGAGGCUAAGGCAGAGACCCUGAUCGUGUCCAAGGCUAAGGAGCCAGAGCCAGAGCCAGAGCCUGAAGCUAAGGCUGAGAACUGAGUCAGCCCAACCAGACUGACCCCCACCUGACCGACUCAACCAUUUCUGCCACUGAACCACUACCUAGCGACCAACACAAUAACCGUGACGAUGAUGACGACGGCAACAAAGAUGAUGAUGCUGAAAAAAAUAAUGAUGAUGAAUGAAGAUGAUCAUGAAGAAUGAAGAUGAUGCAAAACGAAUACUGUGCGACCACUGGGUAGAGGAUAGGAGUGUGUAGAGGCGGGUGGGGGGGAUAAUGCAGAUGUAAAUAGACCUCUAACCUAUUGUUCCGUGCUCUGUGCCCGUAUACGUGUCUCGGUGAUCUCGUGUGUACCUGUGCCUUUCUGCGACACUCUGUCUCCAGUUUGUUGUCUUAGCCAGUGACACCUUUCAACAGAUCGUCUUUACCCCAGUUCUUAAUAAUAAGAGAUUUGUCAAGAAAUGUUCUUCUUGUUUGUGUUUAGCUUAAAUUCUGUGUUUCUAUCGUCUUUAGAUUCUAGAGGUUACUGUUUGCUAUAUUUUUGUUGUUGUUGUUAUCACCACCACUCUUGUAACAAUUGUCCUCAAUGCUGUUUUUCACAUAGUAGAUUCUAUACUAUAUAUACAUGCAUAUAUAUUAGUAUAAAUAGUCUAUACACACUACACAGUUAUAGCUAUAUAUAUUUAAAUAUAUGUGUGCCUGUGUGGAUACAUGAGUUUGGGUGGUGUGUGUGUAUGUGUGUGCGUCUGAGAGGUUGUGUGUAUUUGACUGUGUUGCGCCUUACACAUGAGAAUCCAACUGCCACAGUUUGCUUACCAAGCACAAGAAUGCAUCAGAGUUAACUAGGAGCUCACCAACAGUACUUACUGUAGUAAAGUGAGCUCCUACAUCAGCUGUAUCACUGCCUUGUCCUAGAAAAACCGUCCAAUCUAGUCUCCUCCUCUGCCAUUGGCUGAGCCGGGCGAUACCGCCCUCAGAGGCAGGCUAGGAUUGGCCGGUUCCCACACCAGUGCCGCAAAUCUGUGUCCUCUAUCGUUUAUUUGAGAAGUUACAGUAGCUGAUUGCAAAAUCAGUCUCUCAACCAAUGGCGUUUCGCUGUUUUGUAUUGUAUGAUUGAUUAUGCAUUUAGUUAAUGAGCGAGCGGGCCUGUGUGUGAGUGAUAGAGAGUGUGUGUAGAUACUAAGUGUGCCAGAGUCAUAGUUUUAGAUGCCAAAUUAGGUGAAGAAAAUAAAAAGGAAAAUAUAAUUUGCUCUGUAUCAGAUGUCAAGUAAAGCUUAUGUUACGCAGUCCGAUAUAUGGAGUCUUAUGCGGAGUAUCAUUGUUACAACAACAAAAAAACACACUGUCACGACAAAAAGUAACUACUCUGUUCAUUCUGUGCAUGAGGUUGUAUUGUAUAGCUGCAUUUUGUGCUUUUAGCAUAGAAAUAAAGUGUCUAUCACCAAUCA